ACAAUCUCUAUACAAUAAAUACAGAAUAUAUAAUUAACAUAAAUAUAGAAUAUAUUUAACAUAGCCGAACCGGGGUUGGGUUGCGGUGAGUUGUUCCAAGGUACGUAGCCGUCAUGCGGGUGUCGUUGCGAGCCAGAGUUUCUUCCUCGUCCACGUCCACGACCGCCUCCACCACGACCGGAGUUGCGCCCCUGCUGUCCGCGGCCACCACUGCCACCGUUGUACCCGCUGCCAGGCGCUCCACUGCCACGCCCGAAGCCGCCGCUGCUGGAGCCGUAAGGGGGGCCGCCGGGUGUACCGGCCAGGAGGGCUGUCCCGGCGUCAUCUGCAAUGCUUUGCCGUUGCCGAUCAAGGAGCAGGAGGGCAGAUCGG